GUAUAUUCUAAAAAUAUUCAAAAAUAUUGAAAAAAAAAUUUCUACUGAGUCGGAGCGAAAGAGACUUGAAAGUAUAUUUGUUUAUUUAAGAUAUAAUUUUCACAAACUAUGAAGAUAAUUUUCAAUAGUUUAUCUUGGUGUUUGGCUAUAGUAUGAUAAAGAGAACGGAACUUUGAUAUACUGUGUACGCAAGUGACGAAUAAGCAUAUGAAGUGAAGUUGGAACGGAAAUUACAUUGUCGUAGCUAUAUUCUUUUAUAUACUUCUCCAUAAGAUUACUCAUAUCGCACGAAUAAUCGAAUUUUUUGUGUACUAAUCCUAUUUAUGGUAUUAUUAAGAAAAUAGGAAAUAUCAUAUAAUAAUUGUCAUAAAAAGAUAAAAGAUUCAUGAAUGUCCGUGUCGAUUGUUCGAUUCAUUGUUGUAAUGAUUUACAUUGUAUUCGUAUAAAAUUUAUUGCAAGCUUUCGACGCUCAUCUCUAAAUCCAAAGAAAUAAUAUCAGAAAUUGUUAUUGCACGAUGACAAAUCAAAAUAUAUUAUCUCAAGCUCGUGUCUUUUGUUCACUGUGUUAUAUGCACGUUUCUCGUUGUAGUGACGUCAUUGUUGUCAUUGUAUUCUACGAACAAUAUUAAUACGAAAGAAUUUUCGCGUGUUACGGCCUUGUCGCUGUUACGUCAAAUUGCUUAUUCUUUUCUCUCCAUAGAAACUAUUAUUCAUGACAAUAUCUCAAAAUGAAAUCUCGAUCAUAAAUUUUGCUGUCAAAAUGGCACAUCGCAUAAAAUGUCGUAACUAUUACUGAUUCGAUCAUUAUCGCAAUUUAACGAUUCGUUAAUGACUCAUAGUGUUGGAAAAGAAACGUUGGUAAUUAUGAUCGCGUUUAGGUGACAAUUAUUCUAUACUAAUUGCAAUUGACCUCAACAAUGAUUAAGUUCGUCUUAGUGCAGCGUUUCAGUCUUAGGUACUGGAUGACUUCGUUCUUGUUGUCUGCGAUUUUUCUCCGUGCCAAAGCAACGGUUUCCUAUUGCGUGUCUUGUCUCAAACCUAAUUCACUCGUCGUAAAAUGGCAAUGGAUAAGAGUUAUGUGACACGUUCGUUGACGAUCCUCUUUGAUACCGUCCAACUAUGCUCGAUAGUAAGCCAACACACGUGCUCGCAUUAUUCAACCAGACAGAAAUUGACAUCGCCCAAGUGGAAUCGAUUCAAAGGAAUCAGGCUGAGAUGGAAGGACAAGAUUAGACUGAACAACGUGAUAUGGAGAUGCUGGCACAUGCAAUUUAUUUUAAAGCAAAAUACGCUGGUGUGCCAAUUCGCGUCUCCGUUGGAUGUUGAUACUCACAAUAAACCUGAGGCCGUAGUCUUAGAAGGAAAAUAUUGGAAACGAAAACUAGCGGCGGUUACUGCAGAAUACAAGAAAUGGCGUAUGUUUUAUCGGAACAAAAUCCUUGGUUGGACAAACAAAGAUGGCACCGAAAUGAUGGAAUCGAUGGAUGUGUUAGAUUGGGGCAACGGAUUAGGAACUUCGGGCAACUUUGGAGCAGGUACAGGCAACACACACGGAGGGACCAGUGGGACUCCAGGAGGAGAGAGUAUGAUGGUUGAUGAAGAUUACAUGGAGCUUAUGACUGAUACAUUAUUUUCUACAAUCAGUUCAAAUCAACCAAUAUACUUUCCCGAUCCGAGAGAAAUUGCGCGAGGAGCUAGUCUGGCGGAUUUUAUACAACCCAGUCUAGGACCACUCCAGCCAAAUUUAGAUGAUUUUAUGGAUACUCUUGAACCAUUACAAGAAUUUUUGAAUUCAAAGUUGCCCCCUGUCCCUGAGGAAGACGAUAUGUUUCGAAAUAGUACUUUGAAUACAAAUUAUCCUGAUCUCGAUCUGAUGACGCCUAUGAAUCAGAUUAACGAAUUGAGCCAAGAAGCGACGGUAAAGAAUGAACAAGCUUCUCAACAAACGUUAGUACAGGAUGAACAAGCAGGUACUAUACAAAAUCUUCAAUAUACAGCUAAAAUAUAUACUCAACCUCAACCAGAGCCAACGAAUGCGUUCAGAAAUAAUAAUAUAACUUUAGCUGAGAAUUAUAAUGCUAUACAACAAAGUUAUGAAUCUUCUUCGACCAGUCAACCUGUCAGAGAAAAAAGUCGGCCAAGUAGAAUUUCUUCGAGAAGUAAUCGAGUAAUUCAACAAUCUCAGCAACGAAAUACUUAUCAACGUACAGCGCAACAAAAUUCGCCAUAUCAACAGUCUUCACAGCCACCUUAUGCCAUGGAAAUUCAAACCGUUCUAACACCAGUUCAAAACCAAGUUCAAAUGACAUCAUUGAAUGAUCAAUCUAUUCAUGCAAAUCAAAUUUCACCUAUCACAAAUCUGGUAACCGUGCAGCAAAAUUUCGGACAAACAAAUUCCAUAGUAUCAAGUCAACAUAGAAGUAUUAGGCCUUUACCACCAGUUGCACCAAUUUCAACAAAACCAUAUAAAGUUGUUCAACCGCAACAAUGUUAUAAAUUCUCUACACUUCCACAAAGCUUUAAUGCGCAGCAAUGUAAAUUCAGCACUAAUAAUUUCAAGACACACCCAACACAACAAGUCGUAUCGGUUUCCACAGAGCAACCGUCACAGUCACCGAUAUUAUUACAGUGCAGAUCCUCCGGUUUGGAUCUUACUACACCAACUAUACAGCCGACAAAAUUAUUACCGCAGUCUAAUUCAGAAAAAGAAGAAGUUUUUGCUGUACCUAAGUAUCAAAUGAAAGCAAGAAAUAGAUCUCGAAGCAGUUCAUCAUUAACUUCGCCAAGAAUUCAUCCACCGCCAUUAGUAUCGGCAGCGAGCGAUCCCGCUUUAAAUCUAAAUAACAAUGUUUUGCUCGCACAGUUACUCACUAAUAACACAUCUGGUAUACACACAAUGAAUAUGCCGGCUGAUAAUAUAAUGCCAACAGUGAACCAAACAACCACUAUGAAAUACAUCUCAUCUAUGCUUCCACCUUCAGCUUCGCCUACGCAGAUAACGACAACCCACCAUAUUACCACGCCGGUUACUGUCCAAACUAUGCAAACAUCUACAGUGCAAGUGCAAUCGCAACAACAGGCAAUGCAACAGACUACUUGCAGCCAACAAAUGUUAUUAAAUACAAACACUCAAGCGCAUCAGCCACAAAAUAGUCCCGGAUCACCGAAGGAUAACUCUAACGCGCACAGUCCUCAAGGGUUAAAUCUCAGUCCUUUGCAUAGUCCAAUGAGCAUAGGAAGUCCAUUAUCGCCAAGUCGAGGUUACAUAAAAGGCGAAACGGAACGAGGACAAUAUAAAGAACAAAGGAGAGUUGGGCACAUUCACGCAGAGCAAAAGCGUAGAUAUAAUAUUAAAAAUGGAUUUGAUAUGUUGCAUAGUUUAAUACCGCAGCUUAAUCAAAAUCCAAACACAAAGAUGAGUAAAGCCGCUAUGCUGCAAAAAGGAGCAGAUUAUAUCAGGCAAUUAAGGGCGGAAAGAAAUCAAUUAAAGGAAGAGAUGGAUAGUUUAAGACAUCAAAUUGAGUGCCUUAAUACAUCUAUUAGUAAUUGUCAAUCUAUGCUUCCUGCAACGGGUGCUCCAAUAUCUAGACAUAGAACUAAUAAAAUGAAGGAGAUGUUUGACGAAUAUGUCCGCACGCGUACACGAGAGAAUUGGAAAUUUUGGAUUUUCAGUAUAUUGCUUGAACCUUUAAUGAUUUCUUUUAAUACUUCGGUAUCAACCGCAAGUAUUGAAGAUUUAUAUCGAAGUACAAUAUUAUGGGUCGAGCAACAUUGCUCACUCGUUGAUCUCAGACCAGCUGUUCUGAAUUCUCUAAGAUAUCUGUGUACUGCCACUGAUAUUCUAUCAGAUCCUGGUCGUCUACCCGAAGAAGCACUCGCAGCAGUCGAUCGCACAGAACGACGACGAUCAACUCAGUGACCAAUUGUAAUAUGCAAAUACGUCGUGAAACGUGAUUUGCUUAUAUAUUGAAAAAAAGAGCAAAAGAAAAGGAGUUACCGUAGCAGUAAGCUAAUUUAGGAAAGAAACUUAUGUGAAAAUUUUUAAGAUGAUUCUUCUUAUAGUAAGCUUUCAGAUUUCUUUUUGCAAUGAUAGUGAUUGAAAAUGGAAAGGACUUAAAGUGCAAUUUUUUCCCUUAUACUUUUCAAAAUUGUGAUCAUAAAAUUUAAUAACUAAUUGUUAAAAAAAAAAUAUGAAGAUGUAUACAUGAAUUUACUCACAACGUUUAACAAAAUACAUAUUAUAAUAUACAGACUGUUACAUAAA